CGCGUUCACUACCCCCGGGAAACAGUAGUGUAGCCGACCAUACCACGAGCUGGACGUUCCGAGCGUGUAUUAUAUUAUAAUAUACAUAGUGUGCGUGCACCGGCUUUGGAUUUCGAUCAGAUUUUUUUUCCACUAUCCACCCUCGUCAACACCUGUAGCACGGUACUAUCUGCAGAGGUCUGCGAUACAUACGCAUUUAAAAACAUAACGUUAUAUACACGGUCAUCAGUGAACAGAUCGCUGAGCAAUAAAUUCGAGUCAAUUAUCGGGAAUAAACCGCUAAGAACGAGAGCGGUGUUCACCAUAAAAGAACGCUUCAUUAGCCCCACAAGACGUGGUCUAAUUGGGCUUAUGAAUGUUUAACAUGUCUACUAACCUAGAAAAUCCCAUUUUAAAUUUUGACCAAUUCAACGUGACGAACGCGAUAAACGAGACGUCCAAAGCUAUCGUAGAGUCGGUUAUGAGCACAACGAUGAUAAACGACGGACCGCUGGUGGACAGCGACGCCGUAUCGCCUGUCACGCUGAGCAUGGAAUGGAGUAGGGUGGCCAGGCUGUUGAUCAUGCUCGGCCUGUCCGUCAUCGGCAGCAUCGGUAACGUGUACAUGAUCAGCUCGGUAAUGAUUGAGGACCAUCUCAACAAAAGGGGCAACACUUUCGUGGCGAACGUGGCGCUGGCCGACCUGUUGAUCAGCGGGCUCGUCAUUCCGGCAUCUGCUGUGGUCAUCCUGUCCGGUCUACAGGAUUCUCCGCCGGUGUGCCAGUUUCAGUGGUUCCUGUCGAUUCUGUGUUGCCUGGUAACCGUGCUUACCAUGGCCGCAGUGGCGGCCGAGAACUACAUAAGACUCUGUCUGACGCCCGAAUGCUACGCCAAACUUACCGUCACGAAAAUCACCACGCUCUUGUUCGCUAUUUGGAUCGUCAGCUCGAUCCUGGUCACGUUACAGUUUGUCUACAAGAUGGGACCGGACUAUUGCGCCAAAAAGGUGAGCAGCAUCGUUCCGACACAGGCGCUGGCGGCCGGUGCCAUCGUGCUGGCGCCGUUGCUCAUCACGGCCGGGCUGUACAUGCGCAUCACGUACCAGGUGCACGUGGCCCGGCUGAACCCGAGCUUCAAGCCGCCACUGGCGUUCAACUGGGACUACUCGCUGAUGCUGGCCAACGCGUACAGCUUCGUCAUGUUCGUCGUGUUCUGGGCGCCGUUCGCCGUCGUCCUGGCGCUGGCCACCGUCCAGCGGCUGUCCGCGCAGGUGUUCUACAACCUCGCGUGGCUGGCCCUCAGCAAGUCGUGCUUCAACAACCUGGUGUACUGCGCCGGCAACCGGCACUUCCGCAACGCGUACGUCAACCUGUUCCACUACUGCUGCUGCAAGACAACGGUGACGUUCUCGCGGCGGGCCCGCGACGGCGUCAGCCGCCCGUCCGGCGACGUCCGCGUGCACAUCAUACCCGGCUACAACAUGUACUCGUACACCAGUCCCACCAGGUCGCGCGAGUCGGGGUCGUGCCCGCUGCAGGGCAGGCCGCGGGCCAGGGCCAACGGCGGCGGCGGCGGCCUCGGCUGCGGCGGUGGUGGCGGCGGCGGUGGCGGCGGUGGCGGCCGCGACGUGUACGAGCUGUAAGCCGCCGGCCGAUGAUACUAUAAUAACAAUAAUAAUAUAAUAUAUGAUACGAUAUUACCCAUACAAUAUAUAAUAAUAAUAAUAAUAUGCUGUUAAUAUCGUCCGGCGCUAUAUUAAUAUAAUGUUAUUAUUAUGACUCCGCUCCGAACACGCAUUAGAUAGGUAUAUACCGUUAUUAUUAUCAUUAUUAUUAUUAUUAUUAUUACGCGUGCGAUUCAUAUUAAUAUAUGGCAAUAUAUAUUGUAUAUAUGUAUACAUGCGCACGAUUUUUUCUUCCCUCGUAUAUUAUAUUACAUAAAUAUUAUAUAAAUGCACACAUAUAUACACGACAUUACAAACCCCUACCCCUCUGGAAAAGCGCGUUCGCAGCAUUUAUAUACACACGCGCGCGUCACACUCGCAUCAUUAUACGUCCUAUACAUACAACCAUAUUAUACAUAAUAAUACGCCGUAAUGCAAUACAAUAAUAUUAUAUGUGUAUAGUAUGCCGAAUGAUAUUAAAUUAUGACAUGCGCGCGCAUGGUCACCGCCGCCGAAAUUUUUAAUUUGCGUUAAGGCGUGGAACGUAAGUCUCGUCGAUUCGUCGCGUGUAUAUGUUGCGCGCAGUAAAAGAAUAAUCCUCGUAACUGCGGGGUAUGUGCGAGUUCUAUGGUCGGGAAUGUCGGGCGACACGCGUCACGUGCAGACAUAAUGCAGUUAUAACGCAUAUAAUAAUAUUAUUACGGAUACGUGUGCGGGGUCGGCCGACCACAUGCGGCGGACGAGUAGGAUAUUUCGGCUAAUUAAUCCCCUCUUCCCAUAGCCGCCACCAACUACAGUCGGACGUUUAUAACGAGACGGCCAGUGCCGGGUUUAACGAGAGGGUGCUGCAGGGGGUCGCACGGUCAAACGGGGCCUCGAGGCCGAGUAGGUACUUUUGGAAUAAGCUUCGGGUCGUCGUCCUAGAUUUUCUGACUUAGUAAAGUGAUAAAUAUUAUUGUGGAUAUUGAAUAAUGGUCGAGAAAGAGAUUAUUUUAGGGAAUUACCCGCACCCGUUGAUUUCAAACUAUUCUGGACUCUCUUUCAUCCCUAUUGUAGUGACUCUAGGAACACAAUAUGAGCCCAAUCAUAGUUGAAACGUUUUCUUUUUAAAAUCCAUUUUAUCAAAUACGAAGAAAAAAUAUAUUUCAUAACUAAAGUGUCAAAUUACUUAUGAAUAGAUUUUUCCAAGAUCAGCCAUUAUUAGUAGUUACACCCCCGGACUCUUGAGAUCUAGAACCGGCACUGGACACAAUCUCUCUGUAGAUCUUUUGAAGCCGACGUGGCAAAAAGGCCUUUACCCGCGAUCGCCGAUAGGUAUAGCGUGCAAUAUAACGGUGCAGCGCAGUCGCUUCGCAUGAUAUGAUUAUUUUAUUCACUCGUCAAACCGUAUUUAUUAUAAUAGCGUACGAUGCCGAUAUACAUGGGCGGUAAGUAGUGUCAGCUAGCGGACGGGAGGAGGGCGGAACAAAAAUAGAGCCGUCCGUCAUCGAGCAAAACGGUGCGCAUCACACGCCGCCGCCACACGUGUCAAUAAACGACGUCAUAAUUGUACGCUUACAGUAAUAAUGACUGCAGUAAUAAUAUGCAAUGUGGCGCGAUAAAAACUGGUCGACUCUCCACGACUAUAUACCUAUAUACAUACCUACCUACGGUUUGGCUCGAAUGCCCAGACCGACGCGCACUUUUGUGAAACACGAAACGGAGGCGACAGAUUUAGAAUUAUAUUUUUCUCCUCGAGUAAUAUACAGAUGAAGUACAUAUACCCCAUACGUAUUAUAUAAAUCCUAAACAAGACGGCGAUGGUGGCGGCAGCGACGACGACUUAUUAUGUGUGGCUGCAAAAGACUUUCUCGGUAUCGUUUCUGAUUUUUCGUAUUUAUUGCUGAUCACAAUGUACACAGUCACUGUACACACACUUGUUGUGCAUAAUAUUUAGCACGUGGCGGGGGUUGAAAAGGAGCUUUUAAAAGCAUGGUUUGAAUGGUACUCCACGAGAACAUUGUCGCAAUAUUUCAUCGAGAGCAUAGGACCGGAGGUAUGAUAAUAUACUCGCUAACAUCCUGAUACUUAUUGUACCGACUACCUACCGCCAUAGGAAUAUCGAUAUAUAAAUAUUAUUUUAUUCUUCAAUUUAUCCCCCCCCUUCAACCCACACUUGCAUUCCGACGUGGAACUCACCCGUUGUUCCGUAUAUUCAGGAAACCAAUGCAUUCCAUCGUUGAUUUAUAAUAUAUUACAUAAGAAUGUAUAUAUAUAUAUUAUAUAUACUAUACCCGUCCACUGUCCCGAGCCAAACAAGCGUUGUCAAUUAUAUUACAUGUAUAUACAGUAUAUAUAUUUAUUAAACUAUUUAUAGCCCAUAUGGCACGUCUUAUUUAUUACACAUAGAUAUAUAAUAUAUUUACACUGCAAGAAACGCGCAAUUUAUUUGAAUCGUAUCGGAUCGGCGACAUAAUUUAUAUAAUAAAAACAAUUAAAAAACGGCAAGUCUAAGUAACAUAAUAGCAUGAUACAUUAUUAUACGGUGACAAUUAUUAAAUGUUCGAUUUAUUAAUGUGUGAUAAAUAAUAACAUGCAAUCGUCGUUUCGAUUAUAGUCGUAUAAAUAUCAUACGUUUAAUAACUGGUAUAGGUAAUCUUUUAUAUUUUUUUUUUUCAUCUACUGUGCUAGCUUAUAAUUUUUGCACGUCCUCUGGACUAGUAAUAGCUAAUAGUAUACAAUAUGUUUGUAUACGUUUAUCAAAACUUAACAAAUAACAAUUUAAAUUUAUAUAUAGAAGAUACAGGUAUAUUUGUGAUAGCCAUUUCACUCGGUUACACCACCUGGUCACCGUCGGGUUAAAUAUAAGAUUCAGAUUUAUAAAUAUAUAUUAUGUAUAAUAUCAUAUGCGUUUAACAUCUAUUCGCAAUCCCAAUAAAAGCUGAAGCCUGGACAAAUAAUAACAUAAUUCUGUCGAUUUAGAUUGAAAUAUUAUGGACCGUGGCUUAAUAUAUUGUAUAUAUGUGCGGGCGAAUUUCAGCAAUUUUAGCGAUUCAAAACAAUGAAAAAUUAAAUUCGAAAAUAAUCCCAAAACUACUUUAUCACAUAUCUUCCACUCAAUCCUCCCCCGUUCGUACAAAACAAAUAACUGUAAUAGAACCGUGUAAUAAUAAAUUAUAAUAUUUAUCACGUCCAUUUAUAUUGUUAGAUAUAACUUAUAAGAGUAUUACUAAUACAUCAUAAUGGAUACAAUUUGAAAUUUGGAUUUAGGGACCACUCGACAGCCGAUAUAAUAUAUUAUACAGGUUUUAGCUGCUCACGCUUGCAAAUGAUCAGUGGUCGUCAUGAUUUAGUUUUUUCGUUUAAAUAAACCAUAUGCAUACUAGCACAGUAUAGUACGUAAUAUAAUGCUUAAUCUGUAUUCGAAAUUUCCGCACACAUACAUAGACGGUUUUACGAAAACAAAAGCGGAUCGAUGUCCACCGAUGCAAAUAUACCGGAACUUUUUGUUUGUUCGUAUUAAAAUAUGAAUAUUAUAUUAUUCAAAACGUUAUAAACGACUGAGUUUCCGACCAUAUAUAAUAUUUAUAUAUAAAUACAUAAAUAAUAUGAUGUAGUAUUAAAUAUGUAUAAUAUAGUCAUUUGUAUAUUAUAUAAUACGGAAUAGGUAGGUAGUAGGUGUAUAUGUAUAGGUAUACUCGGAAAUGUCAUGGUAAUAAUAAUUAACAUAAAAACAUAAAACACAAAAGGCUCUUAUUCACAACUAUUCCCAUUCGCAGUAUUAUUCUGUAUACACAACAUAAUAUAUAAUAUAAUAAUAUGGUGAUUUUGAUUGUUUGCUUUGACUUUAUGAGUUCAAUAAUAAAUAAUAAUUGCUAUUCGUCAAAUUUCUGUUUUUCUUCUCCAAUUACCCUAUAUUCUAUAAUAGUAAUAUGAUAUAUUAUAUUACACUGGCACACCGCACUCGAUGCAAUACCUAACUAUUUUUUAAUUUAUUUCUAUCGAACUGAAUCGGAACAAUUAACAAAAACAUAUUCACGAACUCACGUCUUCCAGUAGUAUCCGAAAUUCUCGACGUUUCCGUAGUACCUAAUGUGCAUAAUUUGUUCACAGAAAUAAACUGGAGAAGUAGUAUUAUACAUUUUAAUGUACGCUUUUAAACGACUUUUGAUUGCCAUCGCCACCUCUAUCGUGUAAAGUUUGAAGUACAAAAUAUAGUGCGUGUUCGAGGUUUACUGUUUGGUAUAAAAAAAAUCACAAUAAUUACGUAGGUCACAUAAUAAAAAUUAUAAAUUUGCUACCACACACUGUUGUACUUUUACUUUUUAUACCUAAAGGCUAAUGCAUUUGUGAAUUGCAGUCAAAAAAGGAACAACUAUAUUUUGGUUUCUUCGAUUUCUGUUUUUCAUAAUAAAGAGUACUAUUAUAUCGCCAAAAAUACUUAUUCGUGAUUACAUAAAUAAAUAGAUAAACUAAAUUUACUUUUGCACCCUCUCAUUUAAAAAAAAAUAGAUUCUUAUAAGUAUCUGACUUGUAAAUAAUAAUUAUACUAUUAUAUUGUUAUAACAUUGGUUAGAGGCGUAUAAAUUGUAUCUAAAUAUAAAUACCUACCUCCGAAGCUGAAACACAAACCUUAUACAGUAAAAACUUAAUAUAAUAAAUAAUAAAUACCGUAUAUUGGUAUUUACUAUUUAUUUUAACUACAUUAAUUUAAUUUUAUAUUCAAAUUAUAAGACCUGUAAAGAGAUACUCUACCAAAAAUUAAACCACGUCCAUUUUAAAACGUUAAUGGCCGACAUACUUUUAACGUAACUAACUCGCGUUUUGGUUUAAACAAUCUAAAUUAUUAUUGUCUUAACUCUUGGCUCUUAUUUUACGUUUUAUUUUUAUGCAUUGUAGCUUACAUUGUUUGCACAUUUACACUUUUGUAUGCACAAUUCGUUGUUGUAAAGCCUUUUGGAACACAAAAUUGCAUUAUAUGCGCUAAAUAUGGAGAUCUUCUUAAAUAGGUUGGUAUAAAUGAAAUACUUAAUAAAGAAUUCGUAAAAGUGAACCAAAAAUACGAAUUUCUACAUUAUCGUUCAGAAGUCACGUAUCGAAAACUUGAGUGACAGGCAUUAUAUUAUUUAAAAAUAAAGUCUAUAUAAUAAUUUAUUCCUACCUACUACCUAUGUGCUACGUCUAUUAAAUAAUAGUGAAUAUAUGCUACCUGUCCACAUUUUUAUUUGUACAAUUAUACAUCAAUUGAAUAGAAAUAUCGCUACACACGUGUGCCAUAGUAUAUAUUACGAAAAACUUUUCAAAGACCACAAUAAUUGAUUGUUAAACACGCCUCUGAAAGGGUUUCGUGUAAUUAUGUUAACAUAAGUUACUAUUACCACUAUGUAUAGGUAUACGGUUCUCCAUUAUAAUAAAUAUAUUAUAUUAAUUGUUUGUAAAUAAACAAUACGAAUACACUUGAAAAAGUAUGCGUAUUCCAAAGACAAGAUAUUAUAAAUGUUUUAGAAUAUAUUAUUGUGUUAUCAAUACAUUAUUUAUUUUCAAAACAUACAGGCACCUAAUUUUAAAAAUUGUGAAUAAAAUGUCUUCAAAUGUAAUUAUUUUAUUUGUAUACCUAAUUACACAGUCACAUAGAUAGACGCAUAAUAAUUUUACUCAAUAUAGUAGGUACUUACCAAUACACUGCAAGUACCUAUUCAUAAUAAAUAUAGGUACAUAAUAUACAAUCCCCCUCGAUUUUUUUAUUGACUUAGAAAUAAAAUUAUAUUAUGAAAAGUAUAUAAAUUAUGUACUAUAUUUACCUUAAUCUGUGUGUGUGUGUGUGUUGUAAAAAUUAAGAAUAUCACAUGCUACGUGCUGUGAUCAGCUGUAAUUUUUAAGUACCUACCUAGUAUAACAUACAAUAAUAUUAUAUUUAUGUAUGACUAUAUUAUAUAUUUUAUAAGUAAGAUUAAGUUACAUAAAUAUUGUCAUAACAAAUUGUAUUACACAUAUAUAUUAUACUAUUUAAAUUUAUAUACAUAUUAUUAUAAUAUCUUAUCUUAAAACUUAUUUUAUUAAUUAAAAAUAUUACCUAUCUAUGUACUAUGUAAUUACUAUAUGUAUUGCUAUACAGCAACUUAAAAAAAUAAUCUUAUAAUAAAUAAUAUGGUGUACCUAUUUUAAAUUACAAGUGCUUCGUACUUAAACUUAACUUUAGGUAGGUACCCAUUAUAUUAUUAACAUAUAACAUGAUUGAUAUUAGGUAGGUACUUAUACUAUUAUUGUUUAAAGAUUUAAGUUUAGACAUGCAUUAUACACAAUGACCGACCUACCUUCAGGCGGUAUUUUUAAAUAGCCUAUCACUGUAAUGAAACAUGAAACAUCCAAUUUAAGACUAAAUUUUGUGUCAAUUUAAUCUAUAUAGUAAUUUUUGAACAUUUUUAUCAAAACAUAAAUUAUUACGUAUAUAUAUAUUUAUAAAAUAUAUAGACCUAACCACUUAUAUAUUAUACCAUCACUAAGUUUGUCGCAAAAUUGAACAAAACGGUUUCUUUUUAAGUAUACUUACCUAUUACCUAUGAUCUUUGUGUGAACCUUCCAAUAUUCUUUACUGUAAUAUUGUACUAAAUAAUUUUAUAAAUUUAUGGUAUAAUUAUGAGUUGGAUGAUAAUUGUUUGUUUCUUAUCCAGAUAGGUGCCUUGUGCCUACAUUAUUCGAUUUCACUUUCAAUGAUUAAUACUAAUUACCAAUAUAUCAUACAUAAAUCUAUCGCUUUAAUUUUAUAAUUAUUUUACAACAUCUUAAAAUAUUUAAUUCAGAUUUAAUUUAUUACAUAUCAUUUGCAUUCAGAUUAACUCGCAGCCGGUUUUUUUGUUUUGUAAUAACGAAAUAAAAUAUUUUAUAGACAUAUUGUACGUCGUUAACAAAAAAAAAAAAAAUCUCGUGAAAUAAUAAUUGGGACCACAAUAUUUUUUCUACUGGUAAUUUUCAACAACAGAUUAUAAGGCUAUAACAAUUUUUUUUUUUAUUAAAUAUUUGUUUUAAAAAUUGAAAGUUAUACACGUAUUGUUUAAAAUCUAAAUCUGUGAUACAAUAGAAAGGGACGAUUUUUGAAAUUGACAAAUGCUUUAAAAGGGUAAUUAUAUUUAAUAAUUUAAUUUCUUAAACUUUUAACGUCAUGCUGUUCAACACAAAAAUAUGUUAUACAAAAAUUUAUUUUUUUCGCUCAAACAUCGUACUAUUCACUAUUAAAACAUAAUUGACAACUAGGUACAUUUAGUUAUUUUAAUAUGGCAAUGGUAAUAUGUACUGUAGUCCACAAAAUAAUGUAUAACUAAACAAUAACUCAUAAAUAGUUCACAGCAACACUUGAUUUUGAAAUAUUUAUAAACCAUAUUUUUCAUAGGUCAUCAUUUUUAUAGUGGAAAUAUUAUAAUCCCAAUAGGCUACCUAAAAGCCAAAAUUAUUAAAUCAUAUUUAAAUUUAUGGAUGUCAAUAUAUAUUUAAAAGAAGUACACACAAAUUAUAUUUCAGUAAAGUUGUGAUUGCGUAAUAUAAUUUAUACAAAUAUUUUAUAUCAUUUUUCAACAUAAUAUAUUUUGUUUUUCAUUGUGUAGGUCUCGUAUUAUAAUAAAUUAUAAUUAUAAUUUAUAUGUCUUUCCACAUAGAAAAAAUAUUAUUAUUUUUGUUCCUAAAAUAUAACUCGUAAUGUUAACAUUUUUGUAUGUCAAUAAUGCAUAUAAUUAUAGUUGUAAGCAAAAACAUCUGUAAUUUUAUACUUAAUAUUUUGUGUGCGUAGAAUUUAAAGUAAAAAACAAAAUUAAUACAAGAAAAUUAUUGAUUACUAUUCACCUAUAUAUGCAUAGGUACAAUAUUAUAUAACAGUAAUUUAUAUCUUAAGAUAAGGUGCUUUUUUUUGUGUAUAACUAAAAUUAUGCAUGUUUAAAUAUCCAUAAUAAUACAAAUACUUGAAUGUUUAA